AUGACUUCCCGUUUGGUCCUGGUCAUCGGCGACCUCUUCAUCCCGGACCGCGCUCCUUUCCGCAAGCUCUUAACACCCGGCAAGAUCGGCCAAAUCCUGUGUCUCGGCAACUUGACCGACCGGAAUACCUUCGAAUUCCUUCGUCAGGUCGCCCCCGAUCUCCAAUUGGUCAAGGGUGACUUCGAUGUCGAUUCCCCGAACCUACCCCUCUCCAAAGUCGUGACCCACGGCAGUCUCCGCAUCGGCUUUACUCAUGGUCACACCAUCAUUCCGCCGGGCGAUGCCGACGCCCUCCUGAUCGCCGCCCGCCAGAUGGAUGUCGAUGUCUUACUCUGGGGUGGUACUCAUCGCUUCGAGGCCUUCGAAAUGGAGGGGCGAUUCUUCGUCAACCCCGGCAGUGCGACGGGCGCCAUGAGCACGGGGUAUUGGCCGGAGGGAGAAGAACCCACGCCCAGCUUCUGUUUGAUGGAUAUCCAAGGUGAUGUGCUCGUGCUGUAUGUCUACCAGCUCAAGUCCGACGACAACGGAGCCGAAACCGUGGCCGUCGAGAAAGUCUCCUUCCGCAAGAACAACGUUCCAUCUUCAUGA